CCUUUGCGUUAAUAGAUGGCAGCAGGUUAGCGCGGGUCCAACAAAGUGCGAGAGAGUGGGCUAUCUAUACUUGUCUUUAUCUAUGGUCAAUAGUAUGUAGUCUGUGGUUUGGGUAUCGGCUCUACACACUCCCCACUCUUUCCCGUCUUCCGUCCCAUGCCCACAUCUUCAAACGGUGGGGCAAAAUAUAUUCGGUCGUUUAUGAAUGAAUCGCUCUAUCUAUACUUAGUUAAUCUAUGGUCAUAAUAAUGUGUUUGAUUUCUCUUUGGUAAAACCACAUUUAGAUGAUCUGUCUGUCACUCCAAACUAACCUGGAAAAAGAUUGAAGGUUAAAAGUAAAUACAAAAUAUUUUGAACACAAUUUCGAAAUGCAAAGAAUAAAUAAUGCUUUCGUACAGUAUUUACGGUCGAAUAGCUUUAAAAAUUACCGUAGUCCCACAGUGAGUGUUUCAGUACUUUACCAUAGAUUAAAUAGGUACUAUAGGUGUUUUAGUCAGGCGGUUAAGAAUUAUCCCAGUCCAAAUGGCAUAUCCGACAAGAAAAGAUUUAACGUUGAAGAUUUAAUUCAAUACGUGAAUACUGGCAAGGUGUUUUACCUCAAACAACUCAUAAAUGUUUAUCCUACAAUUGAAUUUGAUAAGCUUAAUUCUGAACAAGCUAAACUAUUGCUGGAACUAUGUGGAUCAAGUGUGGUAGAUUCAUCUUGCGAUCAGAGAAAUGCUCUGUGCCAAAAACUAUACGAAGACAUGACACAAGUUAAUAAAGUAACAAUCGACGUGUUGAAUAGAUACAUCAAAACUUGCACUGAAAAUAAACACUUGGUUCCAUGCGAAGAGCUAUUGGGAAAAUGGUCCAGCGAUGUGGAUACGUAUAAAUUAUUGUUUGAAAAUGCGAGUGAAGUCGGUGCAAUGAGCGAUAUGUUCAAAAUUCUGGAGUUAAUGAAACAGCAGAAUAUUGGUCUAGAUGGUGACAUUGUAAAACAUCUAGUUUUGGGGCAUGUUAUUCAAGGAGGAUUGAAGUCAGCUCAUACCGUACUGAGCACGCUGAGAAGUGCACAGAUUUUCGAAAAUAAUGACGUUAAACUAGCAAUAUUUAAAGGGUUGAUUAGGCGUGGUAAUUAUAUGGAAUUUAAAAAGGCAGUAGAAAUCUACCCUAUUCAAUUAACCGGAGACCAGCUACUAAGCUUCAUUGAGGAAAUGGGACUUAAUGGUCUUGAAUCGUGGCUGGCUGAAAUCAAAGGCUUUUACAGUCAUGUUCCAAUUAGCAGAACAUUUCAAAUUGAUGUUGAGAGACUUUGUAUACAUUUGAUACACAUGGAUCAACCUGUAGCAGCUAUGAAUAUUUAUGCGCAGUUUGUAGGGCUACGUCCUAAUGUGUCUUUUGGGUGGUCGUUGCUUAAAGAAAUGCUUCACUCUGAGAUUGACAUUGCUACUAUUAUAUCGUUAGCGAAAAAUAUAUCAGAAAAAGAGAUGAAUCCAUGUAUUAUGGAGAGUUUAUCGGAGUUGGCCCUAAAGUUCAAGUACGAAAAGCAAGCUUGGGCUCUUUUAAAAAAUUUGGAUUUUGUUAGGCCGCACUAUUUUUGGCCGCUUCUUGUGGAAAAUGGUAGAACUAAUGGCGAGAUUGGAAUAUUUUCCACAUUAACGCGCAUCAAGGAGUUUAACGUAAACCUAGACGCCGACACGCUAGAAUUUUAUGUACUGCCGAAUUGCGACUUAUCGAAUUGCAAAUUGCUUCUGUUAAAAUUGGAAAACGUGGGAUUUACUGUACAUCAAAUAUUGAGUCCUUUAUUGGUGGUUUUAUUAAAACAGAAUGAGACUAAGAUGGCAGCUGAGUUAUGUAGCCUUUACAAUGUUAAUAUAUCUCGAGAAGGGUUUUUGCGGUUGCUGGCAAAAUCUUGGUCAUCUACCAAAGACUCCUCGUCCGUUUUAGUACUGUUGGCGAGGUAUUGUGAGUCUAAUCAAGUGGAACAAGAUUUAGUUGGAAGCUUUCUAAUUCAAAUAGUAAAACUUGGGAUGACCACAGCAUAUUUUUCGCAUUACCUGGCUUUAAUGAAGCUGAUAAGAAAGCAGCGGCUUAAGGUCACGAAUCAGUCAGCCUAUACCCUCCAAGAUAUCUGCAAACCAUUUAUCACCACUACCGUACAAAAAGAGUUUGAUUCUAUUAUUGCUUCUCUAGUAGACUUGGCUCUAAAUCUCCCAGAUUCCUCUUCGAUUAUUCACCCGAAAAACAUGAACUUGGAUGAGUUGGAAUGUCAUUUAAUAGAAUUACGUGAAAAAAAUAUGGAAAUCCGAGGUGUUCUUCGCAAGUUGAUCCAGCUACAUGCCGGCAACGGAAAGGUUCAAAGAGUGAAAGAACUAAGAGAGCUUUUCCGGCAAUCUGGAUAUUCGGAAUCUGCCGGAAUGAAAAGCGCGAUAAUGCAUAGUUACAUCGUUGGAGAACAAUUAGAUGAAGCCAUCAAUUUAUAUGACGAAUUGAAACUUUCACAUCCUGACUUUAAAUUGGAUAACUAUAAAAUUAUAGAUCUAGUCAAGCUUUUAGUAGAGAAUAACAGAUUUAAUGAGGGCGUGUCGAUUAUCAACGAACAAAGUUCUAAAUCCAAGCAAGCCGGUAAUAUUCAAGCUAUUCAGAGAAAUUGCAGGGCAUUACUAAAGGCUUGCAAGACUGAGGAACAAGUAGAAGAGAUGUUCGCACUUCUUAUGAAAAAUGGUUUAUGUGUUGCAUGUAAUGUUACUCUCGGGCCUCUAAUAGAAAUUUGUUUGAAAACUGGUCAAACAGGCAAAGCUGUAGAACGAUACAUAGAGUUGUCCCAAAAAUACAAAUGCACACCUUUUCAACUUGAAAUUUUAAAAGCAGUUUCCAAAGAGCAAAACUCUGCUGUGUUAGAUAGACUAUUGAAAGCGACGGAGGCUGUGCAUGGAUCUGCAGCUGCCCAGUUGGGAUUGAUCGCUGCACUUGCUGAAAAUGGACAGCAAAACGCGUUAAGGAACGCUUUACUUAAUAUGACCCGUCCUAUUGACAGAUUAUUGGAAAAAAGAUGUGCUAGAUGGGCUGAAGAACGGAAACUUGAACCACUUCAAUGCCUAGCCAAUGCCAGUAGUCGGUUGAAACAUAGUUACGUGGACAUUGAUGUUAUACAUAAUAGUAUAAUUGAUAUUUAUGAUAUCAACAAUGACUGUGAUGGUGCCUUGGCUUUUUUCGACAGCGUUUCCGACGAGAAAAGUUCACAGCUCGCAAAACGUGUCGAGGAGAUGCGAAAUAAAAGCAGGGCAAAAAUAUAGUUUGAUUACAAAAUUAUUUUAACCUCAACAUUUUAGCAUUUGUGAGCAUACAGUUUAAAAUACAAUACACAAGAA